GCCGGACAACUCCGACAAGCCCGAGAAGGAACGCGCCGCCGUAGCCAGGCCCGCCGCCACCGGCCUCGACGCCACCCUGAGCCCGCGCAGCCCGCCGCCACCCACUGCGGCGAGGAAGCACCGGAGUUCGUUUAGGGGACCGCCGCCGCGCCAUCCUGCGACAACUCGUCUGCUCCCGAUGGCGGGAAGGCGAAAGAUUCCAGGGACGAGAGCCCCAAGAACUGCGGUGCCCGGGAUGUGGCAGGUGUUGCCUCGGAUUCCGGCGGCGUCGAACCAAAGAAACGGCUCCAGGCCGCCGCCGCCUCACAGAAGAGGGGAGAGAGGGAGGAGAAGAAAUCAUCAGAGGCCGCCGCCUCAUUCUGCAAAACUCCGUCUGCUCGAGAUGGCGGUAAGAUCAAAGAAUUGGGAAUCGGGAGCGCCAAGAACUGCGGUGCCCGAAUGUGGCCGCUGUUACCUCCAUUUCCGUCUGCCUCGAACCAAAGAAGCGGCUCCAGCUCACCGCCGCCACCACCACUUCCGGCAAGAAGAGGGGAGAGGAAGCAGCAGGAGCGAAUCCCACGGCGGCCUGUGCUCCCGGCGACAGGCAAUCAGCCGCAGAAGGCGGCAGCAAGCAUCGUGGUAGCAGUUGUCAAAGCUCGCUGGACAGCAAGAAAGAUGUGGGUGAGAUGGGUGUCGGCGUCUGGAAUUUCAUCUCACAGCCAUGGAUGCAGCAGCGGCGCAGACCAGAGGGACCAGACUUCUCAUGGAACAAGACCUCUUUUCUCAACCGCUUGUUUGAAUGCUGUGGUUUAGUUGAUCUAAUUAUUGGCAAAGAUUUGAAGCUUCCUCAUGUCAAUGAACAGAGGACUCCUAUAUCUGAAGCAAAAGGCCACUAUAAGAUCAAGGAAUCAGUUAUGAAGGAACUUUCAGAAUUAUACUCAUCCUUUCGUGUAGUGCUUGGAGAGGGGGAGUGUUUCUACAGGAGUUUCAUUUACUUUCUGAAGGAUACUACUCUUGAAAUAUUUUGGAGACUAUAGAGACUGAAGCCAUUUUCUCCUUUCUUACAAUUUCUUCUGCUGCUUGGAUAUUGACCAAUCCGGAGUUCUCGGGAUUCCAUGCAAUAGAAGAUGGCAUUACCUUAGAAGAGGUACUGUAGCAGCAUAGUAUGUUAUUGUGAUACCAGUUUUGCAGAUCACAAAUUGUUCAGAGCCGAUCAUAUGCUGAUAAUCUAGCAAUUACAGCAUUAGCAGAUGCAUUGCGUAUUCAAAUCCGGAUCUUUUGCCUUGAAACUGGUCAGUACCAAGACAUGUGCGUCAGACCCUCUAGCCAGAGCACU